CCGUGGACCAAUCAGGAUGGACAGCAGCUUCAAAGACUGGAGGAGGCUGAUAUCAAGUUCACAUUGACUCCUGUCGCUGUGAAGAGUGAAGAAGAUGAAGAGAAACUUAAAUCGUCAACGCUUCGUCCGAGUGAGAGGAAGAAGAACAGAGUGGACUGUGGAGGACCAGAACCAGCCAGGAACUCAGGUUCUGAUGGACGUUCACAACCAGGUCCUGAGGACAAGACUGAAGACUCUUCUGAGACUGAAGUCAGUGAGGAUGAUUGGAUGGAGACCAGGGAACCUCAGACUGGUUUAAAUACAAGAAAUAACAAACAGCCUCUAAGUGAUAUGGGAUGUAAGACAGAAAAAAAAUCGUUUACUUGCUCUGAGUGUGGUAAAAGAUUUAGCCAAAGGGGCAGUCUAAAUAUACAUAUGAGGAUUCAUACAGGAGAGAAGCCGUUUAGUUGCUCUGAGUGUGGUAAAAGAUUUAGCCAAAGGGGCAAUCUAAAUAAACAUAUGAGGAGUCAUACAGGAGAGAAACCGUUUAGUUGCUCUGAGUGUGGUGAAAUAUUUUACCAUAGGAGCAAUCUAACUAAACAUAUGAGGAUUCAUACAGGAGAGAAGCCGUUUAGUUGCUCUGAGUGUGGUAAAAGAUUUAGCGAAAGGGGCUAUCUAAAUAAACAUAUGAGGAGUCAUACAGGAGAGAAACCGUUGAGUUGCUCUGAGUGUGGUGAAAAAUUUUACCAUAGGAGCAUUCUAACUAACCAUAUGAGGAUUCAUACAGGAGAGAAGCCGUUUAGUUGCUCUGAGUGUGGUAAAAGAUUUAGCGAAAGGGGCAAUCUAAAUAAACAUAUGAGGACUCAUACAGGAGAGAAACCGUUUAGUUGCUCUGAGUGUGGUGAAAUAUUUUACCAUAGGAGCAAUCUAACUAAACAUAUGAGGAUUCAUACAGGAGAGAAGCCGUUUAGUUGCUCUGAGUGUGGUAAAAGAUUUAGCGAAAGGGGCUAUCUAAAUAAACAUAUGAGGAGUCAUACAGGAGAGAAACCGUUGAGUUGCUCUGAGUGUGGUGAAAAAUUUUACCAUAGGAGCAUUCUAACUAACCAUAUGAGGAUUCAUACAGGAGAGAAGCCGUUUAGUUGCUCUGAGUGUGGUAAAAGAUUUAGCGAAAGGGGCAAUCUAAAUAAACAUAUGAGGACUCAUACAGGAGAGAAACCGUUUAGUUGCUCUGAGUGUGGUAAAAGAUUUAGCCAAACGAGCGAUCUAAAUGUACAUAUGAGGAUUCAUACUGGAGAGAAGCCGUUUAGUUGCUCUGAGUGUGGUAGAAGAUUUAACCAAAGGGGCAGUCUAAAUACACAUAUGAGGAUUCAUACAGGAGAGAAGCCGUUUAGUUAAUCGGAGUGUGGUAAAAGAUUUAAGAUUCAGUCCUAUUGUACAAGACGUGAGGAUUAAUAAAGGAGAGAAGUGAUUCAGUUGCAACCUUUUGCAAAAAAUAGUCUUAUUAGGAUUUAUCAGCAGAUGUUCAUAUUAUACAUAUUCAUAACUCACUGUUUUAAAUAGACUAUUAACAUUUUUUAUGUUCCUAGAAAAUAUAACGCAUUGAAUUACACAAAAGAUUUGUGUUUAUAUGUCUUGUUUUUACUGAUUUCUACUAGAGC